GCCAUGGUGAUGGUGUGGAGAUCUGCAGGUUUACGCAAGACCUGAAACGCUGGACCAGUCGGAAGAACCGUCCGAACCAGGAAGCGCAGUGAGAGGAGUGAGAGGAACUGGGAGCACAAGUAAACAGAAGUGAAUCUCGCCUGUUUGUGGUAAGAUGGCCUCGGGUUCCCCCGUGGUAAAUGGGGAUCUGUCUCACCCUGCUCGGUCUCAGAGCACCGGCGCACCACAUGUAGAGGAGACGCUCCAGCAGAUGAACAUCCUCAUCAAGGAGAACCGGGAGCUCAAAGAAGAUACACACUCAGACACAUUGACCUUCCAUCUGCCUCUCGCUCCUGAAACAGAAGCCCUGAAACAGACUAACCUGUCGAUGAAGGAGAGGUUUGAGGGACUGUCUGCCUGGAAGGAAAAGCAGAAGGAGGAGAGAGGGUUCCUGGAGAAGCGACUCGAGGAGGCCAAGCAGAGAGUCCAGUCUCUGGACAGCGAGAAUGAGCUACUAAAGAAACGUGUGCAGGAGAUGGAGAAACAGCAUUCUGGUGCAGAGGAGGGUGAAGGUGGCGGGCUACAGGCCAAGCUGGAGGCGUUAACGAGUCAGAUCGCCCGCCUGCAGGCUGAGAAGAACGACCUGGUCGCCAUAAACUCUGAACUCCAGCUGAAGAUGAGCCAAGUGUCUCCGGAAGAUUCCUUCAUUGAGAUCCGCAUUGCAGAGGGUGAGAUGAAUGUGACCAGAGAUCUACCUCCUCAGAAAGAUCUUUCUGCAUCUAGCACGGUUAAAUCCGACAUAACUGGGUCUCGGCUGGAAUCGGAGGAGCAGACAGUGAGUCAGCUCCUGCAGUCUCUGAGACUCGAGACGCAACAAAAAGAACAACUGCAGCUCCAAAUACAGGCUGCACAGAAGAGGAUUGAAGAAUUGGAAAUGAAGGAACCCAAUAGCGAAAGUGGAACCCAGACGUCUUUGCCUUGCGUGACCGCUACCCAGGAAACGCAGAGCAAGAGUUCUCAGGAGGAAACAGCCAAAUCGGCCUCUGAGGUGGAGAACCUGAAGACUCAGUUGAUGAGUUUGUUUAAGGAGCUGCAGCAGGCUCAGAGUAAACUGGAUGAGGCGGAGAACAUGAAGAAGAACCUCCAGGACAGGUGUAAGGAGUUGGAGCAGGACCUGGGCACGCUGAAGACGCAGCUUGGGGAGAGAGAGCAGCUGCAGGCUGAGAACGACAGACUGAAGGUGCAGCUGGAGAGCAUGCAGUCUGCCAGCAAACUGGAGCAGAAGAAGGCUCAGGAGGAAAGAAAUGAUUUGGCCCAGCUGAAGGAUGCGUACACCAAGCUGUUUGAGGAUUAUGACGAACUUCAGAAGGAGAAUAAGAAACGACAGGGAAGCGUAUCCCGGGAGGAGUAUGGUGAGCUUCAUUCCAGAAUGGCUGCAGCGGAACAAGCUUUAGCGGACAAGCAGCAAAAGAUCGACAUCAUGAAGCAAGAGCUGUGUGAUAAGGACAAAGAGCUGGAGACCGUCUCUGUGUUUAAGGCCCAGGCAGAGGUUUAUUCCUCUGAUUUCUACGCCGAGCGAGCUGCGAGGGAGAAGAUUCACGAGGAGAAAGAGCGCCUGGCUGCUCAGCUGGAGUUUCUCAGGAAGCAGAACAUCCACCUCCAGGAUGAGGUGGAGUCAAUGGGCAGGCAGUCUAUGAGUGAGAUGCAGAAGAGACACGUGCCUCGUGGUGCAAACCCAGGUGAUUCCUCACCACACCACCACCUGCAGGGGGUCAGAGUGGAUUGGCAGCAGCAGGUGAAUAUUCCCGAGCACGCCUGUCCUAAAUGUGGGGAAGUCCUUCCCGAUCUGGACACUCUGCAAAUCCACAUCAUGGACUGCAUCAUCUGAGCAUCAAAUCUUCACCUGAGUGACAUGACAAACAGGACAGCAGGAUCGAAGAAUUACUAUACCCACACAUAUUUAACAGAAUCUCCUCGGAGAAUUUCAUUCAAUUUAUUCUCUAAUUGCGCUGCAGAUCUAAUUAUUUGCCGUUUUUAAUUAAGUAUGUAACAGAAAUGACCGAGGGCGUAUAACUGAUCUGUAUAUCAUGAGAUGAAUGAAGCUAAAAGAAUUGUCCAGCUUGGACAGGAGACAGGAAGUGAAUGUGGACUGUUGAAUAAAGAGCAGGAUCUAUAUUUUUGUUUGUAUAAUACAAUAUUGUAUAGAAAAAUGAAGAGGGGAAGUGUUUAGGCUCCUUGCUUUGGAUUAUAUUUGAUUUUGGAGAAAGUUUUUUUUUGUGUGUGUGUGUUAAAAUAUAUUUACAUUUAGUAGAAUUUGGGGGGGGGGGAGUUAAGUGUAUUAAACUUGUAUUAAUUCCAAAUGGAUUAUGUUGAGCCGAAUACAGGCGGCGUGAAGGACGGAUAAAGCUUUAAAAAAUGCUCUAAUGCUAUUAUUUAUGCAGGGUCUUUGUGUCUUCUUUGCUAACAAGAGUAAAGCUGUAGCUGAUGCAAUUAUAUCACCAAUGCAUCCACAUUUAGCCUGUAAUAUGAGAAAUACCUUCAAAUAAAAUACUUUUAUCAGAAA